UCAGACACCGUGGUGGUUGAUGUUAAUACAGCUUUGACAACAAAAGAGAAGACACGAGAAGAAAAUAUUCUGGGUUAAUUCGGUAAAUCAGGUCAAGUAUGGUCACCAUGAAUACGGGAACAACUGUGACAUUGACCGUCCUUGUGGCACUGUUCGGAGUAAUUCACUGCCAGAAUACGACAUCAGCGCCAGAAAUUACAACUAAUACGUCAAUGGUGCCAACAACUACCGAUGUGAUAAGCACCGAGACAACUGAAGUAGUAGAAGAUACUACGGCAAAUCUUCCGACGUAUUCAGUUUUGACAACCAUCUCGACUACUGCAGCGCCACCAACGUCGUCGACGUCAGCGCCGACAUCAACGCAAACAUCAGCGCCGACAUCAACGCAAACAUCAGCGUCGACAUCAACGCAAACAUCAGCGCCGUCAUCAACGCAAACAUCAGCGCCGUCAUCAACGCAAACAUCAGUGCCGUCAUCAACGCAAACAUCAGCUCCAAUAUCAGCUCCAACAUCAGGGCCGUCAUCAGCUCCAUCAUCAGCUCCAACAUCAGGGCCGUCAUCAGCUCCAUCAUCAGCUCCAAUAUCAGCUCCAACAUCAGGGCCGUCAUCAGCUCCAUCAUCAGCUCCAUCAUCAGGGCCGUCAUCAGCUCCAUCAUCAGUGCUGUCAUCAGCUCCAUCAUCAGCGUUGUCAUCAGAGACACCAUCAGCGUCGUCUUUAGCUCCACCAUUAACAUCAUCACAGGGCGCUCCACCCACAACUCCUAGCUCCGCCCCGUCCAACAAUACCGGCAGUGCAGCACCGACUCCACCACCCACGGCCCAAAUGACCUCCUCCGGCACGGGGGGUGGUGUCACGCAGCCAGAAACAACAAAGGGCAAGACCACACCCAAAUCUGGAAAGUUUACUUGCACUCAGGGCACCACAACAAAAUCAGAAGAAUUGCAUAAUAUCACCGACACGUGCUCGUCGGAUAUCUGUUGGUUGUUUGUGAACUACACCACCGGGGCCAAAUCGCCUAAACAGAUAACGGUGGGCUGUAAGUCCUACAUUAACAGCAAAAUGACCUGUGAGAAAAACGAAUGUCAGUAUACCGCAGAAAGCUGCCAAUGCUGCUGCAAGGAAAGCAAAUGCAACGAAGACAGCGAACUCGUUGACGAAUGCAAUUCUAAAAAGGCAGCUAUGAGCGCAUCUUGCUCACUGCCCCUACACCUCCUUGGAUUCCUUAGCAUAGUAUUGCUGGGGAAAAUCCUGAUAUAGUGUUGUACAGUGACUGAUGAACGGUAUAUGUGUACAAAAAACAACAUGUGAAAACAUUUAAAAAACAGAAAGAUUUUAUUUGGUCGAACUCUAAUUCACCAUAUUUGAUGUAAAAAUGUAACAACGUACCUUAUCAUAUGUGGCAAUGAGGCUAAUAAUGACGAGUGAUUUUUUUACAUCACUGUUGAUCUAAUCAAGAAUGUACAUCAGGGGCGGGUCCAGGAUUAUUUUGA